CGUCAGAGUGGGUUGCGCCGCAGACAGGCUGGGAACACCGACCGUCGCCAUGCACUGUCCGCGGACCCACAGCUAGCAAACAGGAAUGCCUCAUGAAGACCUCGAGCCAGGCCGUGUCGCUCCCUCCAGGCGACGAACCUUCGCGUCGUUCCUCCGCCUCAAGAUGUGAAGAAGUAGCCAGUGUUAUGAAAUGUCCGGCUUUUAAGACUCACUUUCGGCUUUCGCUCGGUGUAGCGUGGCAGAGGCGGUGGAUCGCGUCCAAAGUUGUCGGGUUAGCAGGGCGCGUGUGAAGGAUUGGACUUAAAGGCGCAGUGCACCCCCUCGUCGCUGCAAACAUGGAGAAACAGCAGAUCGACUUGGACCGAGAUCGCCAGUACUGUGAACUUUGUGGGAAAAUGGAGAACCUUUUGAAGUGCGGGAGGUGUCGGAGCUCCUUCUAUUGCAGCAAGGAGCACCAGAAACAGCACUGGAAGGAACACAAGCGCAGUUGUAAGGAGGCGGAGAAAACGCAAACGCAGCCUCCCAAACAAGAGCAACCACCGCCGGGGGAUGAGAAGACGCCGACUAGAUGCCCGAAGAAGAAGAAUAGCCCCGAGCGGGCGGACAGUAGUGCGCCGAGCACGGACGCGGACUUGAACGCACAUGGGGUCGGCGAGGAAAGCGCCACCGACACUACCCCGCCUAACGGACAGACCGCUGCAUCCCCGCAGAAGCUGGCCACGGAGUACAUCGUCCCGUGUAUGAACAAGCACGGCAUCUGCGUGGUGGACAACUUUCUGGGCGUGGACAUCGGACUGGGCAUCCUGGAGGACGUCAAGGCCCUGCACAAGACUGGCCGGUUCACGGACGGCCAGGUGGUGAGUCAAAAAAGUGACUCCACGAAAGACAUCCGCGGGGACAAAAUCACUUGGGUGGACGGGAAGGAGGCCGGCUGUGAGAAGAUCCGCUUUCUCACCACUCGCAUGGACGACGUGAUAAGACAUUGCAAUGCCAAACUGGGCGACUACUCAAUCAAUGGAAGGACAAAAGCAAUGGUAGCAUGUUACCCUGGAAACGGGACCGGUUACGUGCGCCAUGUGGAUAAUCCAAACGGCGAUGGACGCUGUGUCACAUGCAUUUAUUACCUUAAUAAAGAUUGGAAUGCAAAGGAACACGGUGGCCUUCUACGAAUCUUCCCAGAAGGAAAGGCCCAGUUUGCUGACAUAGAACCCAGAUUUGAUCGUCUCCUUUUAUUCUGGUCAGACAGAAGAAACCCCCAUGAGGUUCAGCCCGCCUUUGCCACCAGGUAUGCCAUCACCGUGUGGUAUUUCGAUGCAGAUGAGCGAGCCAGAGCGAAAGAAAAGUAUUUAACAGGUGCAGGAGAGAAAGGAGUAAAGGUUGAUCUCGGCAAGCCAUCAGAUCCCACAUAGUGGGAAGCCUGCGUCCGUGCGCUGCACGCAGCCAAUAAGUGCUCUGUCCCCAAGAAAGUGGCCUAUAGAGAGCAUGUGUGUUUUACAUGAGGCAGUGGGAAGAUGGAUGUUUCUUAAGGACACAAAAACAAGCCUACCCAGCCAAUCAUGGCCACACUCGGUCAGCCUUGACAACCCAACAGACUGUGGAUGUCAUGGCAUUGUACCGAAAGGGACGACUGUGUUUUUUUUACUUCCCCCGUGCCCUGUUUUUUAGGAACAUUUGCACCAUACAACUUUCACAAUAAAUCACAGGGGUCAAGCUAAUCUCUCAGUGAAUUCCUUAAAGGUACAGUGUUCUGCAUAACCUCCAUGCAUUAUGCUUUUCACAAUGGAAUCUGUGUCCAUGCUACUGUUGUGCAAAUGUGCUCAGGUUUGCAAUAAGGAGAAAUCAAAUGAAUUAAAGACAUAUUUUUUUCUGACAAGAA